AUUAAUGAUGUCCCCGUGGAAAGAGGGUCUUUCCCCGCCGACGAUGCUGAGCGGCAUAAAUAUGGGAUCACACUGCUCAGAGGACAGGCUGGUGAAUCUCAACUGGGACAUUCAGUUUUUACUACACCGUAAAAGGAACACUCAGAGACACUCGCACACAUCAGGAUGGCUGCUCCUCGUCUGAUUCUGUCCAUGUUUGUGCUGAUGCUGGCUGCCAUCACUUUUAGUGAAGGUGUGCGUGGUAUUGGGCGUGGCAAGUGCUGCUUUCGUUUCAACGAGACUCCACUGCCUAAGGAAAAAGUGGUCAGCUACAUCAGGACCAACCAGCGCUGCACCAACUCGGCUGUCCUGUUCAAGACCGUGGCAGGUCGUCAGCUGUGUGCCAAACCGUCCAACCCCUGGGUGCGAGAGCUCAUCGACUAUCUGGACACCAAAGCCAUCCCGGGCCAGGCGUCCAACCUGUAACCAUAGCAACAUCAAACCCAGAGCAAGGGUCACCCAUGAUGACAAUGAAAAUGUGUUUUGAUGCUACAACUAUUCCUUUUAAACUAAGUUGUGUUUUGUAUGCUAGUACGUUGACCAUCUGAUCUGGGGUAAUAAUCAUGUCUCAGCUCUAUGCAAACUAUAAAUCUAAGAUAACAUUUACAUAUAUAGCAUACAUCAUAUGCUAUGUUAAAAAAAUACUUUAC